GUCCAGCUGGCUUGAGGGGGCUCCGGAGCCCGACCUGCGGGGGGCAGCGCGAGUCCGGAGGCGGGCCUGGCCAUGCCGUCCCGGGUGGAGGACUACGACGUGCUGUACACCAUAGGAACGGGCUCCUAUGGCCGCUGCCAGAAGGUCCGCAGGAAGAGCGACGGCAAGGUAUUGGUCUGGAAAGAGCUUGACUACGGUUCCAUGACGGAAGCCGAGAAACAGAUGCUGGUUUCGGAAGUGAAUCUGCUGCGUGAGCUCAAACACCCCAACAUCGUGCGCUACUACGAUCGCAUCAUCGACCGGACCAACACGACACUCUACAUUGUCAUGGAAUAUUGCGAAGGGGGGGACCUGGCCAGCGUCAUUGCAAAGGGAACCAAGGAGAGACAGUACUUAGAGGAAGACUUUGUGCUUCGGGUGAUGACGCAGUUGACGCUGGCCCUGAAGGAGUGUCACCGGCGAAGUGACGGUGGCCACACGGUGCUGCAUCGGGACCUGAAGCCAGCCAACGUGUUCCUGGAUGGCAAGCAGAACGUUAAGCUUGGCGACUUCGGGCUGGCCAGGAUCUUAAACCAUGACACGAGCUUUGCAAAGACUUUUGUGGGGACACCUUAUUACAUGUCGCCUGAACAGAUGAAUCGCAUGUCAUACAAUGAGAAGUCAGACAUCUGGUCCCUGGGCUGUCUGCUGUAUGAGCUGUGCGCGCUGAUGCCUCCAUUUACAGCUUUCAACCAAAAAGAACUAGCUGGAAAGAUCAGGGAAGGCAAAUUCAGGCGAAUUCCAUACCGUUACUCAGAUGAAUUGAAUGAUAUUAUCACGAGGAUGUUAAAUCUGAAGGAUUACCAGCGGCCUUCUGUGGAGGAAAUCCUCGAGAGCCCUUUGAUUGCAGACCGGGUCGCAGAAGAGCAAAGGCGGACCCUGGAGAAAAGAGGGCGGCGAUUAGGAGAGCCGGAGAAAGUGCAGGACUCCAGCCCCGUCUUCAGUGAGCUGAAGCUAAAGGAGGUGCAGCUGCAGGAGCGAGAGCGAGCCCUCAAAGCCAGAGAGGAGCAACUAGAGCAGAAGGAACGUGAGCUCUGUGUCCGGGAGAGGCUGGCGGAGGACAAGCUGGCCCGCGCGGAGAGCCUGGUCAAGAACUACAGCUGGCUAAGGGACCAAAAGCUCGUGUCCCUGGGGAGCCACGCAGACCUCCUUGACCUCCCAUCCUCAGUCAUCAAGAAGAGAGUUCAUUUCGGUGGGGAAAGCAAAGAGAACAUCACAAGGAGCGAGAACGCCGAGAGCCACCUCACGUCCAAGUCCAAGUGCAAGGACUUGAAGAAAAGACUGCAUGCUGCCCAGCUGCGGGCCCAGGCUCUGGCAGAUAUCGAAAAAAAUUACCAGCUGAAGAGCCGGCAGAUCCUGGGCAUGCGCUAGCCUGGCAGGGCCCGUGGCUGCGUGCAGGUACAGUCCUGCCGGUUGGCACUGCUGGCGUGGUUCCGUGAGCCGUGCGUUUGUGCAGAACGAGCGUGAAUUUGGAAUUUGAAAUGUGGAACGGCUGUGUUGUUGUUCAGCUAUUGUACAAAAUACCUGUCCUAUUUCUUUGUUUAAGAGCUCUUGAUAGAAGGAUGUUAUUCUUUGUCGGUUGGGCAUUUAAGCCUGUGUGGUAUUGCUGCUUAGGAACAUUCUAGAUCUCAGGGGAAAGUAAUGUCAGGAAAAAAAGGUUUUUACCCGGGAGUGAUGCUUACUGGGAAAUCUUAAGUGACUGAGUGAUGUGCUAAACAAUUGUCAUGUCUAGAUUUAAAAUUUUAAGUCUGACUUUUAAAUGUUUUUGAACUUAGAGAACUUAAAUGAAUGGAUUUGGGUCAUCACAGCAGGCAUCCUUUUUAUGAAUCUUCCAUUGUGAUACAAACCUGCUAUAUUUGUGAAAAUUCAUCACUGUGAUAUCUGUGUUUUAUUUCUUCCUAUUCUUUUCUGUUGUAUAUGAACUUGCUGGCGUUCACCCACCUGUUUCCCACUAAAUAAAAGAACUGUCGUUUUGC